AUGACCGAUGAAUUCAAUCGAUAUUAUAUUAAAAUUCGAACUAUUCUGGAAAUAGAUGCAAAGACAAUUUGCGAAGAACUUACAACAGCAUUAGGACCUGAUGCUCCAGCAUAUUCAACUGUUGCAAAAUGGGCGAAACGUUUUCGUGAAGGGAGAGAGGAUGUCAAUGAUGACUUUCGAUCUGGUCGUCCGAUUUCGGUACUUACAGAUGAAAAUAUCGAACGGGUUCGACAAGUUAUCGAAGAUGAUCCGCAUUCAACGUAUGAUGAUAUCAUAGCCGAUACUUCCCUCUCUCAUGGUACAAUAGAACGAAUCAUUCAUGAUCGUUUAAAGAUGAGAAAAAUUACAUCACGUUGGGUUGCUCACCAACUUACUGACGAACAAAAACAAAAAAGACUUCAAAUUUGUCGUCAGAAUUUAGAGAAAUUUAGGAACGGAACAUGGCGAUUAUGUGAUAUUAUUACCGGCGAUGAAACAUGGAUUUAUCACAGACAGAUUGAUCGCAAGUCAAGCAAUUCUACCUGGGUUGGUGAAAAUGAACCACCAAGGACCAUUGUUCGUCGGAAUAGAUAUGAACCUAGAACACUUUUCUGUCUAUUCUUUAAAUCCACUGGUCCUCUGCUUAUACAUAAAGUGGAUAAAGGCAAGACUAUUGAUCACGACUACUAUAUUGAUAAUUGUCUUAUACCUGUUAUCAAUGAAAUAAGAAAAAAGGAAAAGUCAUCACGCACAACAUUAAAAAUACUUCAUGAUAAUGGUCCUCCUCAUGCUCAUCAGGAUGUUGUUGAUUAUUUAACAGAGGAAUGUAUCGAAAUCAUUCCACAUCCGCCAUAUUCACCAGAUCUCGCACCGUGUGACUUUUGGCUAAAUGAUUAUAUCAAGAACAAGUUGACUGAUCACACAAACGAAGAAUCGCUAGCUGAAGAGGUUUCCGCCAUAAUGAAGAACAUUCCAAUAAACGAGUUUAAAAAAACUUUUGACAAACUAUUAGAAAGAAUGGAACUUUGCAUAAAUAAUAAUGGUGACUAUUUCGAACACUUAAUGAAAUAA